AUGAGCAAUGGCAACUUCCCGGAUCUCGACCUAAGCGAGGAGUUCUUGAGUGUCGACGACCCACAAAGCUCUGAUGAUAACCGAGGCAAAGAGGGCGCUUAUGGGCUGAAGCCGAAUCUCUGGCCGAUUCCCGAAUUACCUGAAGACAGAACCGAGGCGGAAAUCAGUAAACAUCAUGCUGCCGAAGUUUUUGAGGACGAGGAUCAAGGAUGUCACGACGCCUCACUUUUUGACAAUGAGGAUCAAGGACCGUUCAAUAACCCAGAUGGACAACGGUUUAAUCAAGGCGAGGAAACGUACAGUGAAGACUUUGCGACUGGAAGCGAAGCACAGGAACGACUCGGUACGUACGAGGACUUCUCAAAGAACAACAAAAUCAUCCAGGACGAUCCACGAUUCAAUCAGUCGCACCAGGAAAAAGAAAAUUCCUGGGAACCGACACCGCACAAAAUUAGUCUCUAUGGACAGGUAACACCUGAAAAGCAUCCUAACGGAUCAAAGCCAGAUGGACGAAUACAAAAUGAUUUCGCCACGCCAAAAAGUGCUUUCCCUUCGCGACUCGCUGCACCACAAACAAAGAAUGUUUCACCGGUGUCCGGUCUGCGCAAAUCGCAAAUCUUCUCUCCGGAUUUAUCGAUUGUCAACAAGAUUAUGUCAACACCGCAGACUGUUGUGAAUGGACGGCGGAUGGAUAGGCACUCGUUGAAGACAAAUCUAGAGCAACAAUUUUGUAAUGUAUCAGCAAUUCCAUGUCAACGGCUGGAUGACGAUCUACCGGGCCCAUCGUACAAUGCGACGGCAGCUCACUCGACUUUCGGAUCAAUGAAUGAAUCAAAAAUGGAUCGACUCAUUAAAAUAUGU